CACACACACCACCCCGCAGCCCGUCCGCAGCUGUCCGGUCCCUGCGGGAUGUAGGUGAGGGGGCGGGGCGGGGGGAAACCGGGCUCGGGUGACGCGACGCUCACGUGACCGGCAGGGCGCCAACGUGGGCAGCAGCCCCCGCGUCCCACCCCCACAGCCCCGAGGUCUGGUCCUGUCGCCCGCGCGGAACCAGCUUCCGGAGCUGCCCGGGUGGCGAGCGAAGGGCAAGCGGGCUUAGGCGAGCCAGAGUAGGCGCAGGCCCGACCCGGGCGCUGCAGGUCAGUGUGAAGGUCUGCGUGUCUGUUCUCAGCACUCUGCAAGGCUAGAAAAGCAGGAGGAACCUUUCCAGAAUCCCUGCAGGACAGGAAAACGAGGGGACAUCUCAACAUGGAAAAACUCUGCAAUGAAAAUGAAGGAAAGCUGGAAAGCGAAGGAAAGCCAGAAAAUGAAGUAAAGCCUGAAAAUCAAGGAAAGUCAGAUGAGGAAGAAAAGCCAGAAGUGGAGGGGAAGUCAGAACACGAGGGAGAGCUCCAGAAUGAGGGACGGCCAGAAGACCAGGGACAACCAGAAGAUGAGAGGAAGAGAGAAAAGCAGGACAAGUCCGAAGCUGAGGGAAAACCACACAGUGAGGGCAAGCUGGAAUCCCAGGCAAAGCCAGAGAGUCAGCCGCGGGCUGCCGAAAAGCUCACCGCUGAAGACUAUGUGCCCCGGAAAGCAAAAAGAAAAACGGACAGGGGGACGGACGAUUCCCCCAAGGACUAUCAGAACAACUUACAGGAAAGGCAUCUGGGCAGUGAGGAGAUGAUGACAGAAUGUGCAGAUAUGUCAAGGGCUCAGGAAGAGCUAAGGAAAAGACAGAAAAUGGGUGACUUUCAUUGGAUGCAAAGAGAUGUACAGGAUCCAUUCACCCAAGGGGCCAACGGGGUGUCAGGGGAAUGAGGGGCGGAGGUAGGGGCCAGAGGCGCUUACAUGAUAUCCCAUAUCUUUAAUGCCUUUGGCCUUCAAUUCUGACUCCUCUGAUGAGAAUAUCGCUGACCCUGCUUUCCCUGGCAGGCAUUUGCCAGGCUAUGUGCUUUAACCUUAAGCUGAUUCUUUGCUUUAGGUGUCACUCUCGUUACCAGCAGCCUUUUGAUCCAACUACAGUGCUCUCUGUGUUUCAGUAGGGGAUUUUCACCCACGUGCAUGGAGGAGAUGUUCAUGGUACACUGUAAAACAACAAUAAAGAAAAAACAGUUUUCAGAACCGAAUA